UGGUUCCCCAGAGUUUCCCAGUCAUAUGGCACAGGUCAUACUUUCCUUGAUUUAUUCAACUCAGACAAAAACAGUGUGCACCAUGCAAGGAAUCUUUACUACCCGUUCAGUGGCCAGAAAGAUUGGAAGCUUGGGUCAUGGCUACUUCAUUCAGGAUUAAGCAUGGGGAAGAUAGAUAGCUUUUUGUCACUCGGGAUGGUAAGUACUCAAUAUUUUCAAUCAGUCAAGUCUAACAAAGUGUAUGUUAAGAUUAAGGCUCUUCCUCUCGGUCCAUGCUGGAUGUCUCAAGUAAUUAAGAUGACACAUCCAACGAAAUCACCGGUCGUAUUAUAUUGGCAUGACCCCUUGGAUUGUAUCUCCAGUAUACUUAACCAUCCAUCCAUUCAUGACUGGUUAGACUUUAUGCCCUGCAAGGUGUAUACCACGGCGCAGCGACUGUGUGCGACACUGCUUGGGACCAUUUUAUCAUCUGACAAGACAAAUGUGUCUAUGAUGACAGGCGACAGAGUCGUGCACCCGCUCCUCAUAAGCCUCACUAAUAUACCCAUGUCCACCCGACUCAAGAUGUCAUCUAAUUCUUUUGUGCUCACUGUGCUGCUCCCGGUGCCAAAAUUCCUCUAUAAAAAGAAACAUAUGCGUGGCAUGCUGGAGGAUCGCCUAGUCCAUCAAUGCUUGAAUAUCAUUUUAGAGCCACUUAAGCAGGCUGCCCACGAGGGCAUCAUGUUGUCGGAUCCCGUUGGGCAUAGUCACUACUGUUUCACUCCUCUCGCAAGUUACAUUGUCGACACUCCAGAGGCUAUGAUGCUGGCUACCAUUGGUGGCAAAACUUCCCCGGUCACUAUGGCCAUGUUCAAGCAAUUUGGCGACUCUUUCCGACACGAGCCUCGAACUGGUUCAACAACACUAGCACAAAUAGCUGCCAUCUGGAGAAAGGUCAAUCCUGAUAAUAUUGAAGCUUUCUUCCGCAAAGCGCAGAAGUUUCAUUUAAACGGUGUCGACAAACCUUUCUGGCAGGAUUGGCUCUUUGCUGACCCAUCACACUUCCUCACUCUCAAAAAUCUUCACCAUCUUCACUGCGAGUUUUAUGAUCAUGAUGUCAAAUGGAUCAUAUGUGCGGUUGGGGAAGCAGAGAUUGAUUUCCGCUUCUCAGUGUUGCAGCCUGUGACAGGAUUUUGCCAUUUUCAUGGUGGCAUUUCAAAACUGAAGCAGGUCACAGGGCGUGCCAAACAUGAUAUACAGUGCUCGGUUAUUGUGGUCAGUGCGGAUGCGGUACCCAUCGCCGUUAUGACUGCUGUACAAGCUCUGAUGGACUUUCAUUAUUUCGUACAGUCACCACGGAUCGAUGAUCAUGAUAUUGAGCGUAUUUCUGCAGCACUGGCCGAAUUUCACGGCAACAAACAUGCAAUCACAGCUGCUGGGUUUCGUCGUGGACAACACAACAAGCCUAUCGAUAACUGGUACAUCCCGAAGAUAGAGCUUAUGCACAAUAUAGUUCCCAGUAUAUGCAACACCGGUGUCACCAUGCAGUGGAGUGCGGAUGCUACAGAGCACGCACAUAUAACUGAGAUCAAAGAUCCUGCACGGUCAAGUAAUAAUAACAACUACGAUUCACAAAUAUGUCAUCACCUUGACCACGUGGACAAAUGUCGUUGUUUUGACCUCGCAACAAGUCUAUUAGACUUGAGGCUGCGAACCAACCUGGACCAACACGUCAACGUUAACGAUGACAUUGUUGACUCUGAUGUUGACAAUGACAAUGACAAUGACAACGAUGACCUCCCUGCAGACCUCUUGGCCACAGUCAAGUACCCUGGAUAUGCACGUCCGAUCACUGACUACUUUGCAAUGGCAAAGGUCCUCCAGUGCAGGGAGGUAGGGACAGUCCCUCUACCAUUAUGCACCUUCGUUGUUGGACGUACAGCCUUUCAUCUCACUUACAGCCCGUCAAUCAGGGCCAUCUCUGUCGACAAUGCUGCCCUUAAAUUCGGCCUUCCCGACUUAUGA